CGACGGUUCUUGUCAGUAGUAGCUCAGUACUUCCUGUUAACGUAAUUAUGGGUAAACUCAUCGGAAUCUUUCUAAUAGCUUUCGCGCUGUGCCACCUCGGUCACAGCGAGCCCGACUGGUGGGAGAAUGGUAAUUUUUAUCAGGUUUAUCCGCGUUCCUUCAAGGACAGCAAUGGUGACGGUAUCGGCGAUUUGAACGGCAUACUCGAAAAAUUGGAGUACCUACAGGAUAUUGGCAUGAAUGGUGUUUGGCUCUCGCCGAUCUUCCAAUCACCAAUGGCUGAUUUCGGUUAUGAUAUUUCGGAUUACACAAAAGUACAACCGGAGUAUGGUACAACGGAAGAUUUGCUGGCUUUAAUCGAAAAAGCGCACAGUCUAGGCUUGCAUCUCAUUUUGGACUUUGUGCCGAAUCACACUAGUGACGAGCAUGAGUGGUUCCAACGCUCUAUCGCCAAUGAUGUGUACUAUCGAGAUUUCUAUAUUUGGCACGAUGGUGUGCUCAAUGCUACGACGGGUGAACGUCAGCCACCAAGCAAUUGGAUUUCGCAAUUCCGCUACUCCGCUUGGGAGUGGAAUGAGCAGCGUCAACAGUAUUAUCUGCAUCAAUUUGGCGUUAAACAGCCGGACUUGAACUAUCGCAAUCCAAAUGUUGUAGAAGAGAUGAAGAAUGUGCUUAGAUUUUGGCUGGAGCGUGGCAUUGAUGGCUUCCGCAUCGACGCUGUGCCAUUCCUGUUCGAGGCGGAUAUUGAUCCUGCAACUGGCACCUACCCCGAUGAGCCUGUUAUCGCCGAUACCAGCUCUUGCUCCGACCCAGAUGAUUAUUGCUACUUGAAUCACAUUUACACCAACUCGCUGCCAGAGAUUUUCGAUAUAGUCUAUCAGUGGCGUGAGGUCGUCGAUCAGUGGAAGCGUGACUAUGAUACCGACACUAAAGUGCUACUCACUGAGGCCUAUACCAGUUUUGAGAAUCUAAUGCUCAUGUAUGGCGAUGGCGUGCAUAACGGCUCACAUAUACCCUUCAAUUUCGAGAUGAUGGCCGAGCUGAACAACAAGAGUACGGCUGCCGACUAUGAUUACUAUGCACGUCAUUGGUUGGAUAACAUGCCUGAAGGCGUCUAUGCCAACUGGGUGCUGGGCAACCACGACAAUCCGCGGUUGGCCUCGCGUUUCGGUGCACAACGCGCUGAUCUAAUGAACAUCUUUUUGCAAACUCUGCCGGGCAUUGCGGUCACCUACAACGGAGAGGAAUAUGGCUUGGAAGACGGUUAUGUGUCCUGGGAGGAUAGCGUCGAUCCGCAGGCUUGCAAUGCUGACCCCACCACAUACCAGAAAUAUUCACGCGACCCCGAGCGCACGCCCUUCCUGUGGGACAACUCGAAAAAUGCCGGUUUCAGUACUGCAGAUCACACCUGGUUACCUGUGGGCCAGCCAUACGAGUCAAACAAUGUGGAGGCACAGCAGGCAGCUGAGAAUAGUCAUCUAAAGAUUUUCAAAAAACUAACGGCACUAAGGAAAUCCGAACCGGCUUUCAACGACGGUGAUUACGAAUCGGUUUUCGGAGACAAUUGGCUCAGCUACAGAAGGAGUGCUUCUACUGGCGAUGCAUAUUACAUAAUUCUAAAUAUUGGAGAUAGUAACGUGACUAUAAACUACAAUGAAUUGUAUAACGAUGUUGGCAGCAAGCUGGAAGUUGUUGUCAGUUCACUGCAGUCUGGCUUAGAGAAUGGCCAACAAGUGGACGCCGAUUCGUUUGAGGCGAAACCAUAUAACGGCUAUGUGCUUCGUUCGAUCAAUGAGGCUUAGAAGACUUAGGUCUUAAAUCUGGCUUUGUUAAGUGCGCUGAUUUGUAACCAUAAAGAAUAAAAAUAUAUAGAAUAAUAUUAUAAAAAUAAUGCAUUACAAAAUCGAAGUUUAUAAUUUCACUUUUUUGUUCUGAGGUCCGAAUUACCAGCUCUAGCCUACUAAAGCUAUCUUUUUCGUAAAACAGUUCGUUAUUAGAUGAUUUUAAAACAUAAUACAUUCAAUUCUGGAAUGUUUUCGCCCAGAAGAAAAUCAGUUUACUUAUAUUUGAAGAAGCAACUACUCAUGGAAACCUCAUAUCGUGGAACUUUGUGAGUAACUACUUCAUUCAUAGCGAGUUCAAGUGCAAAAUAAACACAAAAUAUAGUUUCUA